AGAUGUUCUCUCUUUCUAUUGCCAACAUAGACAUGAACAUUGAACUAUCAUAGGUAUUUUUUAAAACGUUUUUGUGCUACUUUCCUUCGGUCCCAACUACAUUAGUAUUUAUUUGAGAAUAGGCGCUUACAAGCAAUGCGGAAGAUUUGGAAGAACUCCAUUACCCACAAUUCCCGCUCUCUCUCUACGUGCGUCUACGUUGCUAGGUGACACAGCUGAAAGAGCCUUAGUGUGCUAAUUGCUAAACAGCUAACUGCAUUACGUCACAACGACUGUGUCGGAUCCCGUCGUCCCGUGACAUUUUUUUUGACGACUUUUCGUAUUGUCAUAAUUAUGAUAAUUGACCAAUAGUUAAGCCGAGCGGCUCGAGGAAAGAUGACCGGGUGCGUGGACAUGGCGGAAAGGGACGUCAUUUUAAGUGCCAGGUUGGUGUCCAGCUGCGUGACCCGACUCGGACGCUUUGACACUGGACUCCAGCACCCGUACUACCACGUGGCCCUCCCUGACCGCAAGCUUAAGGAUAUCUCGGUUUUGUGUAAUUUUGUUCACCUGCAAAAGCUAGAGCUGUCAAACAAUAGAAUAACAGAUCUUUCCUGCGUGAGCCACAUGCCCUUCCUGGUCAUCUUGGACGUCUCCCACAACGAGGUCUCAGAAUUCUUUGGCUUCGAGCCCCCGAAGAAUCUGAAGGAGGUCAACUUCUCGCACAACAGUUUGACACAAAUGAAGGACAUGUCGGCCUACGAGGCUCUCGUCAAGCUCGAUCUGGACCACAACCGCCUGGAGCGCAUCCACGGGCUGGAGAAGUGCUGCAAGCUGACUCAUCUCAGCGUGGCGCACAACCACGUCGCCGGCAUCAGCAGUCUGGACGACGUGCCGCUCGCGGACCUCAACCUGAGGGGCAACCGGCUAAAAAGCACAGAAGGUCUGGAGAACCUGUCGAGGCUACAGAGUCUCGAUCUGUCGCUGAACCACAUCAGCAGCCUCGCCGGCCUCGACAACCUCUGCAUGCUGGGCUCCAUCAACUUGGAAAAAAAUCAGAUUUCUGAGAUUGAGGAGUGUAAAUACAUUCACAGUCUUCUCCUGCUGAGGGAUUUGAAUCUUUUAGGGAACCCUGUGCAGGAGCAGCCAGAGUACAGGCUGUCGGUGGUCUUCCUCCUGCAGCAUCUGACCAUGUUGGACCAAGACAAAGUCACUGUUGAGGAGAAGGUUUUUUCAAUCAACAAGUACGACCCUCCCAUGGAAGUGGUGGCAGCCAGAGAUCACAUGACCCAGCUGAUGUAUCAGCUGAUGCAGCCUCAGCUUCUCUAUGACAGCACACUACCCAGCGAUGACGCUCCGUAUCCGAUGCUGGUUCUGACCGGUCCGCAAGCCUGCGGCAAAAGGGAGCUGGCCCACCGCCUGUGUGAGGACUUUCACGAGUACUUUGCUUAUGGGAUCUGCCAUACCACCAGGGAGCCCUACUUUGGCGAGGAGAAUGGCAGAGACUACCAUUUUGUCAGCGAAGAAGAGUUUCAGCUGCUUGAGCACAGGGGGGCUUUCCUCCAGACCGUCCAGCACGGCGGCCACAAGUACGGCCUGAGCCGGGACGCCAUCGAAGAUGUCGCCCGGGAAGGACUGGCGUGCUGCGUGCAGAUGGAGCUGGAGGGUGUGCUGAGCCUGAAGAAGAGCAUCUUCGAACCCCGCUACAUCCUGUUCCUCCCCACCAUAGUGGACAACUACAAGGCCGUACUAAGGAGUCGAGACCGCUACACGGACGCCCAGAUCGAGGCGGCGGUGUCGCGCAUGGAGCUGUACGCCGACUUCAACAGGGAACAACCCAGCUUCUUCGACAACGUCAUCCGCUGCGAUUACUGGGACAAAGCCUAUCAGAUGCUGGAGCGGGUCGUCAAGAAAUACCUGUUACUCGAGGACCAGGAAGAAGGAGAGGGUGAAACGACAGAGACCCCCCCGCAGCUCGGGUCAGACUCCCCCACGUCGUCCCACUCAGCCACAGCCCCGGAGCCCUCAGAGCUCCUCUACAGAGACCAUUUCACCAAGACCCAGCAAUCCCACAAGACCCCUGUUGAGCUGGCAUCCAUCCGCAGGCAAGAGCGGCCGGUGAGAGAGGCGGUCACGGGGAAGAGUCCCGGGGUCUACAGUUGGCUCAUCAGAAGCUCAGAUGUAUCUCCGGGACACUCGGUGGAUACGAUCAAAGGUGACAGACGCCCCGGAUCGGGCGUCAAACCCGUCCUGCCGCCGAUCCCCCCCGGGCGCAAGACCCCGCAAGCUAACAGCCCGCUGGCGUCGCCCGGCCUCCGCCACCGCCAGGUCCAGGCCAGCGCCCAGCGAUAGCGUGGAGGUUAUUGAAGAUGCGCCCUCCCCCCCCAAAAAAGCAAAAAGCCCACAAUGAUACAUUUUAGUAUUCACGGAGAACGUAAGCCAGUGACAACAGACCGCGUGUCUGUCAACGGCAUCGCUCCAAAGCAAACACGUGUGCUUUGUGCUUCAGCUUGUCUCUUCAUGCUGGUCGCGCUCCGACACGUCUGUCGUCUUCUGUUUUCCUGAUGACCGACCGCGUUCCGUGUCUUUUUUUUUUUUUUUUUUUUUUUUUUUUUUCAGUUGCGCGUCGGCUCGGUCACCGAGGUUAUUGUUUUAACUCGUACGAGCGGCUGCGCUCGCGCACGUCACGUGGGCUUGUAAACAUGGCGGCGCACCUGGCCAUCCAUCACUGUCUGUUCUUGCUCCGGAGGCAGCAGAUGUUGAAGGGCCGUCAUAAUUCUUUGGCACAUUUUGUCUGCACCCCCCCCCCCCCCCCGAGGUCUAACCUAGUUACGCUGCGGUAUUUGCCGCUUUCUAAAAAAAAAAAAAAUUCAGUCGGCAAACUGGCCUUUUUAUAUAUGGGGCAGUGAGCCUUUAAGUAUGUACACAAAGUACUACGAGGACUUUUACUCUCACUCCCUGAUGGGCCUUUUUUUUUUAUGUGUCAGUUGACAAAAAAAAAAAAUGUUUCCUUGGCAGUUUAGUUUUGCUGGAAAGGAUGGAAAAAAAUGGCAAGAACAGAAAAGUUGGAACACCUUCAAAUUGUGAUUUCACAUGAAAUAAAAUGCAUGUGUGAAUUUUGACGAA